AAUUGCCAUGAUCAGAGUGCUCGAUCUUGAAAUCCUUAUUCACUGCUUCAAAUAGCAGUCUGCUGCUCCUUGCUCUUUGAUCCUGCUUCUACUCCCUUUCCCCCCAAGGCGUCGCGAUAUCUAUUGAGAUUCCUGGAACGAGAGUGAAUCAAAAUCACGGCACACCGAGACUUUGUGACGCCUGUACGCGAGAUAAGAGACGACAAACAUUCCUCCACGAGACUGUUAAAAUCCACGAGACCAAACGAGACGGUACCCUGCCUUGUUCCCUCACAAUCACUUCCCACCUGAUUCUUGAACGGAAUAGGUCUGCCUCAGCUUCGACCUCGGAUCGAGACAGGCGCAUACAACUAUAUCUUUCCACACCAAGCAACAUACCUACCGAAGGCAGCACACUCCUCUCCCAAACAGCUGUUCAAGAUGGGCGUCUUCGGCUUCGCCCUCUCCUACAUCGCCUUCUCGGCCCUGCAUAUCGUCCAGCUCGCCCUCGGCCUGGCGGUAUGCGGGCUCUAUGGCCAGGACCUGCACCGCGCGCACGACGCGGGCGUAUAUACGGACUCGAAAUGGGUGUACGCGGUGAUUGUAGGCGCGCUGAGCGCCUUCACGGCGAUUGUGUACCUGAUCCCCUUUGUCCUGCGCAUCUGGCUCGUCUGGGCCUGGGACCUGGUGCUGUUCGUGCUGUGGAUCGCGCUCUUUGGUGUCUUUGGCAAGAUGUACAUACACGAGAACCCUGAGGGCGACAGCGGCAUCCAGCGCAUGAAGAACGCCGUCUGGGUUGAUCUGGUCUCCGCACUGCUGUGGCUCUUGCUUGCCGUCGCUGCGUUUGGAUAUUGGUGGGGCCACCGCGAGAGGCAUACGCGCUUCACCGGCCGCGCGAGGGUGUAGAGCCCCUUCCCCGAGUCCAAGAACGACGAGAAGCCAGUCAUUGCCCGAUGCCGUCAGCAGUGGCUUUGAUGGGGCUUGAGAAAGGGAAUGUGGCUGCAGGUGAUUCAGCGGGGUACCGGCGUGAAGGUUACACAGGGAUGACCAUCGGGUGCGCCUUUUACGUUUCUUGUGGUGAUAAUGAUGAUGGGACAUGGUGUUGGCAGCGGAGGGCGUGGUCUGGGUAGUUGUUGAGAGAACGGGAUGUACGAGCGGGUUUCCGAUGUUUGUCUAUCUUCAUGGUUUGAUAUCUCACGUUUCCAGUUUGUGGGGUUGAAUGUUUUGGUUCCUUCACUUUGCAAAGAUUCCCAUAUACCAUUAGAACACAAGACAUUAAACUUCACAUCUACAUAAUAAUCCUAUUGUACACCAUUUCUUGGUGGAUUCUGCG